AAAGCAUGAUCUGAAAGAAAAAACAUCGACGUGGGAAGGGGUAGAAACUGAGAAACUGAGUCUUGAAAUGCUCGACUGUGCUCGACAUCGACAACACACAUCACAGUUGCAAAUGGCAGACGUGUAACAUUUAUGAUCAAAAGAUCUAUUUUUUUUUCCGUUUAAUCCAAGUAUAUCUAUAACCUUUUUUAUUUUGUAAAUAAAUAAUAAUAAGAGGAAAACAGUUAUUCAAAAGUUGAUUUUUACUGAGAGACAUAUAAAACAAAUUGUUUUUAAUUGAAAAGUUUUAGAAAAAACACAAACACAUUUAUAUUAUAUAGGUAUUGAAUUUUUUUAAAAGGACAAUGGCAAAAUUGAUCAAUAUUUUUCGAACUGAUAAGCCGGUUGAAUUGACAAAACGACAAUUACCUUUAAAUGUUGACAGUCAUCUUACUAUGAUAAUGGACAUUAAUGAAUUAGAAUACGUUUGUGAAAGUUCAAUAAUCAAUUGCAUACAGUUUGAUGAAUUUUCUAAAAAAUUGAAUAUUCUUACUAAAAAGGAGCUCAAGGCAUCAUUUGAGGUGUCGGAAAAAGACAUGCUUGAAAUUCUUCGACAAACUGUACCAUGUGUAGGUUGUCGCCGAAGCGUGGAAAGGCUGUUUCAAAAUUUGAUGUCAUUAAAGAAUCACGCACUCGAUCCAUUAGUUAUUACUGCUGAUGGCAUGAUAACUUUGUCCGAUAAAGUAUUGAGAUCUCCUUCUCGACUUUGUUCUAUGUUACAAGAUCACAGUGCUCGACUCUUGACACUAUUAGAAAAACAACCGAGAAAUAAAAAAUCUCGUCGAUGUAUUCUUCACUCUCUGGAGGUACAGCGUGCAGGACCAACUCCUAGUAGCUGGAAAGAAGCCUGGAACUUAAUGGAACAACCUUGUCGAGAACAGUUAACACUUAUUAAACAUGAAGCUUUAGAAACUACUCUCGACAAUUAUCUUCGUAAACACCGAUUUUGUAAUGAAUGUCGUACUAAAGUUGUGCUUGCAUCAACAUUACUUAUGACAGAACCUGACUCGAUCAAAGAAAAAGGCUAUGUUCCUGGACUUUAUGCAGGAAUAAAGAGAUGCAUUUCUAAUCGACACGUUCAUUUACCAGCAGAUGAUGAAUAUAUUCAAAUAUUAGUUGACAAAACUCAAUCAGAAAGCAUGGGAAGGGAACGUCACGCUAAAACUUUAGAUGUUGCUCAAGAAGAAGUAUUAACUUGCCUUGGAAUAUGUGUUAUUGAAAAAUUACAUCGAGUAUUAAAGUGUUUACGUGAAGAAGAAGCUAUGUGUCAAGUUUUUGCAGCAGUUGCGAUUGAUGCACUUGCAAGAAAUUUUCACAUGGCAGUUGAAGUAAAACAGGGAAUAACACAGUUAGAACGUUUAUAUGAAGAAUUAGAACGUGAAAAACUCGUUAAACAACAGCGUCUUGAAAAAUUACGUUUAAAAAGAAGAAAAAAAAAGGAAAAACGUCAAGAAAAUAGCGAAGAAAAAGAAAAUAAAUGUGAUAGUGUAGAAGAUAGAAGUGAAGAAAACAGUGAUUGUAUAGAUACACAAUCAUUAGAAAAUAAUGAUAGGCAAAAACUUCAAAUUUUGACUGCAAAAAUAAAAAAUCAGUCAAAAUAUAAAAAUAUCGAUUAUCAAAAAAAAACAAACUUGACAGUUUCUCAAACAACAAAUUUAUUAUUACCACCAUUGAGAAAAAAUAAAUUAGUGGAAGAAUCGAAAAUUGACAAAGAUAACAAUAAAAUUCCAAUCAAUGAUGUUGCUAAAACAUUGCAAGAUGAGACGUGUUCAUGUUGUGAAGAGUUUUAUGAUGAAUGUCCUAAUGAAUUAUUAAAAUGGAUGCGAGUUAAUAAAACUAGGGAUUUAACUAGCCUCGCACCAAGUGAACCAUCCUCACAGGAUUGCGGAUAUUCAUCGGAGCACAAUGUUAGCAGCUCAUCAAUGCCAAGCACACCUGAAGGUUCUGAAGUUGCGUGCAGCGAAGCAUGUUGUGAAAGAGAAAUAGAGGAGUGUCAAGAUACUCAGCUUUAUAAUAAAUUCGACGAUCAUUCUAGUGUAUUUUCACUUGGAAAUGAUAGUUCAGGUCCAACAUUGCUUCAAAUGCUCAAGUUACAGAAUAGGCACCCAUCGGAAGAUGACACUGAAAGUUAUAUUCCAGCGGAAGAAGUACAAGAGUUUAAAGCUCGUAUGUGCCAAUUGCAUGAAAAACGUUUAGAAUUACGAAAAAAUCUACGAUAUCGUUUUGCAAUGCUAUGCAGUCAUUACAAACCGUUUGGCAUUCCUCAUUAA